UAAAAUAAAUACAAAUUACACCCCUUGGUCUGAGUGAUGAAAGCACUUGUCUUUAAGUUUGUAGAUCAGUGGAAACGAAUCGGAGAGUGUAGAGAAUAGACGCACAAUGAGAUUCCUAUCGAAAGUAAAAGUAAAUCGAUGCCCUGGGUGCGACGCGAACAGACAGACGCACGACAAACGGCAACAAAGUGCACGGAGUGUUCAAGGACAUCCAUAGCUUAAUGCGUUGAUCAUAUAGUGGAAGCUGUUGCGUUUUAACCGAGGUGAUGGAGACUCUCGAUGCCCGCCAGACAGGUGCCAGGAUGCAGGAUAUGGACAUCAUGGAUCUGCACCCCUCCCUUACACCUGAGGUUGAAGACUUUCUGCCAGAAUUAGACCUGGAUGGCUUUCUGGAACACGAGGAUUUUCCUUUUGACUUCAAUGAUGCGCUGUUUGACCUGGACUUUAAUGUGGACAUACAGACUGGUGAGGUUGCCAUACCGACAGCUGUGGCCGAGCCAGGCGACCAGAAACAGAACUGCGAGACACAGAGAGAGCUUGGUGACGGACAGAGGAAGAGGAGAGAGACAGAGCCUGGUGACGGACAGAGGAAGAGGGGAUCGACAGAGGCUGGUGACGGACAGAGGAAGAGGAGAGCGACAGAGCCUGGUGACAGACAGAGGAAGAAAGCGAAGAGGAGAGCGACAGAGCCUGUGGACGGACAGAGGAAGAGAGAGACUCAGACAGACUCUCCCAUCAGAGGUUGUGCUGGUUCUCCUCCCCUCUCGGCCGUGACUCUCUCUCCUCCUCCUCCCAGACUUGUCCAGAUCGCUCCUUCUCUCCUUUACAUUCCUGGGUUUGGGACUGCUACUUUCGUCUCUUCGUGUAGCAAUGGCUCAGAGCUGCAGCUCGUUCAAGCCCCUGUUUUCAGCUUCUCAAGACCUCCCACCUACAUACUGAUGUCUUCUCCCUCGCUGUCUCCUAGAACCCUCGACGUGCUACCUCUCUCUCCAGUUGACGGCGCGGUAGCUCCAGAUUCGAUGUGUUCGUAUCCUCCUGGGUCUCUGUCUGACUGUGCCAGCCAAGCCCUGUCUCCCCCCUCUGCCUCCCCCCUCUCCCCCAGGACAGAGGAGUACAUUCACCAAGCCAAGGCUCACCUGAGGGGAAUGUGCCAGGAGAUGGAGGCGGGCCUUAGCCUGGCGUUCCACUAUGUUGACGUGCGAUUGGUCCAGAGGCAGAUCCUGAUUGACUCAGGGAAGAGCACCAGCAAGUGCCUGGAGAAAGAUUUGGUCGUUAUCGGAGACACGGAGAGGAGGCGGGGCUCGUUGGCCAGGAGUCAGGUGUUUGAGAGCUCCCCCGGGGCGAAACCCAAACGUUCCAUCGUGUUGCUAGGCAACGCCGGCAUGGGCAAAAGCACGCUCAUCAAGAAGCUCUGCGUUGAUUGGUCCGACGGCCUCCUGCCUCAGUUUGACUUUGUGUUCUUACUGGACGGUAAGGCUCUGACCCUCCCCCCUGAGCCGACCCAUAGCCUACGGUCCCUCCUCCUACACCUCUCCUGCCCCCACCCACGGGAUGUCUUCAAUCAGGUCCUCUCUGUCCCGGAGCGUGUGCUGGUGAUAUUCGAUGGCUUCGAGGUGGUGCGUGACUUGGAGGGGCUGCUUCAGUCUCCAGCGGAUGACAGUAAAGGGGAGAACUACAGUGUUAGACAGCUGUUCUCAGGUCUGCUCCAGAGGAAGCUCCUACCAGGCUGCUCUCUGCUCCUCUCUGCCCGACCACGAGGCACCGUCAGUGGGCUGCUGAGACGGGCUGACAGCCUUCUGGAACUCUCUGGCUUCUCCCCUCCGGACAUCGAGAGAUACCUGGGACAAUACUUCUCUGGACAGUCCCUAGAGUCCCCAAUCUCAGUCCCAGCCUCAGACUCAAUCCCAGUCCCAACCUCAGUCCUAGCACCAGUCCCAGACUCAGUCCUAGCCUCAGCCCCAGUCUCAGUCCCAGUCCCAGUCUCAGUCCCAGUCCCAGUCCCAGCCUCAGUCCCAGUCUCAGUCCCAGUCCCAGUCUCAGUCCCAGUCCCAGUCCCAGCCUCAGUCCCAGUCUCAGUCCCAGUCCCAGUCCCAACCUCAGUCCCAGUCCCAACCUCAGCCUCAAUCCCAGUCCUAGCCCCAGUCCCAGUCCCAGCCUCAGUCCCAGUCCCAGUCCCAGUCCCAGUCCCAGUCCCAGUCCUAGCCCCAGUCCCAGUCCUAGCCCUCACCAGGCUCCACAGCCAGCCGUACCUUCUGUCUGUGUGUUGGAACCCAGCUCUGUGUCACAUGGUCUGUCUGCUUCUAGAACACUGGGAUGUUUCGGAGCCACUCCCCUCCACGCUGACUGGACUGUGUUACAGGGUGUUGCUACUAAAGAUGAGACGACACACCCGGAAACACACACGCUGUCAAACCCUACCCCAAACUCAAACCCAGGCACACACUCACACCCUGAAACACAGUCAAAACCACGUCCUGAAACACACACGCAACUGGACACGAACACACAUCCGCACUCGCUCUCACACUCAAUCCCAAAAUCAAUUAGAAGAUGAGAAGAGGAGGAUAGAGACGAGAGAGGAGGAAGAGAGGGAGGAGAGAGAGAAAGGGAGAGAGGAGAAGAGGGAGGAGGAAGAGAGAGAGAGGGAGGAGGGAGAGGAAGAGAGAGAGGAGAAGAGGGAGGAGGAAGAGAGAGAGAGGGAGGAGGGAGAGAAAGAGAGACAGGAGAAGAGGGAGGAGGAAGUGAGAGAGAGGGAGGAGGAAGAGAGAGAGAGGGAGGAGGGAGAGAAAGAGAGAGAGGAGAAGAGGGAGGAGGAAGAGAGAGAGGGGGAGGAGGGAGAGGAAGAGAGAGAGGAAGAGAACAGGUGUGUUCUGUCAGAGUUGAGCGGUCUGGCUUGGCAGGGGGUUAAAGGUCAUUCAUCUCUCCUGACCCUGACUCUGGACAAUACCGUCUAUGUCAAGCUGCGGUUGUUUGGCCUGAGGACUGGACUGGUCCAUUCUCACUGGCUGAGGGGGGAGCAGGGCAGAGAUGGUGACGGUGGCGGCGUGAGUUCCGACAACAUCCUGUCCUGGGCCCACCCUUUCCUGCAAAGCUUCCUGGGCGGGGCCCACCUGUCCGUCUCCAGCUGUGUGUCUGACCGCAAUCUGCUGGCCCAGAUACUACCACAGCCCAGGGGAAGGCGACGGCCUCAGGGAGAGUGUCUGGACCUUGCUCAGAGAUUCGCUGUCGGGCUGCUUUUCCGGAACAAUGCGGAACUCCGGGAUCUGGCCACCCUGGAUACCGGCGCCAUGAAAGUGGUGGCGGCCAAGCGAGCCGCUGUGAUAUCACACCUGGAGAACCUUCACCAUGGCGACCUGAGCCCCGCUCGGCUCCUGGAAGCGUGUCACUGCGUUUACGAGACAGGCGACAUCCGCUUGGUCAGGCACCUGGUACGGAACCUUCCCGAGGUUCUGUCGUUCCAAGGGGUUCCGCUGUGCCCCGCCGACGCCUUCGUAGUGUGGAACCUUUUGGACCAGUGUAGAACGCUGAGGAGGAGGUUCUGUCUGGGGCUGGAGGACACAGGACUGAGGAUGACAGGAUUAAAACUACUGACGGGUCUCAACAACAUACACUCAUACAGGGCGUGUAUCGCUGACACCAUCACUCUGUGGGAGGAGCUAGAGCAGAGUGGGGAGGAGGAGCUUCUGAAAGCGGUUGUGUCCAAGUUGACCCUUAACCCUUUCAGAGCCACACAGGUGUCCCACGUCCAACACCUGUCCACACUGGUCCACCUACACACAAGCAGGAGACUGUCUGAGAGCCAAUCAGAUGGUGUCCUGGGGGAGGGUCUUCCUGCAGUCAGAGAUCUUCACAAGCUGGAGUUUGAGUUGGGGCCAGUGAAUGGUCCUCUGGCGCUCCCUAAGCUCCUGGAGCUGCUGCCAGCCCUGCACAGUCUACAUCACCUGGAUCUGGAGAACAGUAAACUGGGGGACAGUGGGCUGAGGGGCUGGCUGGAGCUGUGCUGUCUCUCUCCUCUCUGCAGAUUAUCAAUCUGUCCCAGAACUGUAUAGGAGACCAGGGAAUAAGGAGUCUGGCUCCUGCUCUGUCUACCCUCCCCUCACUGCACUGUCUCAGUCUGUACAGUAAUGUGAUAUCUGACGGGGGGUGCUGAGAGUCUGGCUGCUGUUUUACCUCAGAUGACAUCACUCAGUGACCUGGACGUCAAGUACAACAGUUUCACGGCCCUGGGAGCUCAGAGUCUGGCUUCCAGUCUGAGGGACUGUCCAUGGAUCAAGAGUCUGGGGAUGUGGAAUGUGUGUAUUCCCUACGGAGUGUUAGAGAGACUGCAACAACAGGACCCACGGAUACAACUGCUCUAGAACAUUGUUCUAAUGUUGUUCUAACAGAACCCCAGAGGAUACAGCUGCUCUAGAACAUUGUUCUGUUGUUCUAACAGAACCCCAGAGGAUACAGCUGCUCUAGAACAUUGUUCUGUUGUUCUAACAGAACCCCAGAGGAUACAGCUGCUCUAGAACAUUGUUCUGUUGUUCUAACAGAACCCCAGAGGUUACAACUGCUCACUGUACUGUGUUCCUGGACACCACUGUCCUGUGUUCCUGGACACCACUGUUCUGUACUGUGUUCCUGGACACCACUGUCCUGUGUUCCUGGACACCACUGUACUGUUCUGUGUUCCUGGACACCACUGUACUGUACUGUGUUCCUGGACACCACUGUCCUGUGUUCCUGGACACCACUGUUCUGUAUUCCUGGACACCACUGUUCUGUGUUCCUGGACACCACUGUUCUGUGUUCCUGGACACCACUGUACUGUUCUGUGUUCCUGGACACCACUGUACUGUUCUGUGUUCCUGGACACCACUGUACUGUUCUGUGUUCCUGGACACCACUGUUCUGUGUUCCUGGACACCACUGUUCUGUGUUCCUGGACACCACUGUUCUGUGUUCCUGGACACCACUGUACUGUGUUCCUGGACACCACUGUACUGUGUUCCUGGACACCACUGUACUGUGUUCCUGGACACCACUGUUCUGUGUUCCUGGACACCACUGUUCUGUGUUCCUGGACACCACUGUACUGUGUUCCUGGACACCACUGUACUGUGUUCCUGGACACCACUGUUCUGUGUUCCAGGACACCACUGUUCUGUGUUCCAGGACACCACUGUUCUGUGUUCCUGGACACCACUGUUCUGUGUUCCAGGACACCACUGUUCUGUGUUCCAGGACACCACUGUACUGUGUUCCUGGACACCACUGUUCUGUUCUGUGUUCCAGGACACCACUGUUCUGUUCUGUGUUCCUGGACACCACUGUUCUGUGUUCUAGGACACCACUGUUCUGUGUUCUAGGACACCACUGUUCUGUUCUGUGUUCCAGGACACCACUGUACUGUGUUCCUGGACACCACUGUUCUGUUCUGUGUUCCAGGACACCACUGUUCUGUUCUGUGUUCCUGGACACCACUGUUCUGUUCUGUGUUCCAGGACACCACUGUUCUGUUCUGUGUUCCAGGACACCACUGUUCUGUGUUCCAGGACACCACUGUUCUGUUCUGUGUUCCAGGACACCACUGUUCUGUUCUGUGUUCCAGGACACCACUGUUCUGUUCUGUGUUCCAGGACACCACUGUUCUGUUCUGUGUUCCAGGACACCACUGUUCUGUUCUGUGUUCCAGGACACCACUGUUCUGUUCUGUGUUCCUGGACACCACUGUUCUGUUCUGUGUUCCAGGACACCACUGUUCUGUUCUGUGUUCCAGGACACCACUGUUCUGUUCUGUGUUCCAGGACACCACUGUUCUGUUCUGUGUUCCAGGAGACCACUGUUCUGUUCUGUGUUCCAGGACACCACUGUUCUGUUCUGUGUUCCAGGACACCACUGUUCUGUUCUGUGUUCCAGGACACCACUGUUCUGUGUUCCAGGACACCACUGUUCUGUGUUCCAGGACACCACUGUUCUGUGUUCCAGGACACCACUGUUCUUUGCACUGACAUUUGAAUGUAUUUGUUCUGUUUUAUACUGUUCUGUGGAUCAUUUCUGUACUGAUCAAGUUUGCACUGAAAAAUAAAACUUGAGGUGGUUAAUAUA